GGCUGCAGUUCCACACGCAGCUGGCGCACGGCAGCCCCACGGGCCGCGUGGAGGGCUUCGGCAGCGCCCGCGAGCUGUACGCCCGCAUCGGCGAGGUCUUCGGCAUCCACCCCGCCCAGAUCAUGUUUUGCACUUUGAACACUCAUAAAGUUGAUAUGGACAAGCUCUUAGGUGCACAAAUUGGCCUUGAAGAUUUCAUAUUUGCCCAUGUGAAAGGACAACGAAAGGAAGUGGAAGUUCUUAAAACUGAUGAUAUGCUGGGGCUUACCAUUACAGACAAUGGAACUGGCUGUGCUUUUAUAAAGCGAAUCAAAGAAGGCAGCCUUAUGGACCAAACCAAAACCGUCUGCGUGGGUGAUCACAUAGAGACCAUAAAUGGAAAAAAUGUGUCAGAGUUUCGGCAUUAUGAAGUUGCCAAAAUGCUAAAAGAUCUGAAGAAAGGUCAGAAGUUUAAGCUGGAGUUGGUAGAGCCUUUGAAAGCAUUUGAAAAGCUGGAACCAAGAUCCAAAGGCAGAACUCUGUCAGAGGCUAAAAUCUCCAAAGGGAGAGAAACACUUCGCCUGAGAACCAAAGGCCCUGCUACUGUGGAGGAAAUGCCAACUGAAGCUGAAGAAAAAGCAAUAAAAGAAGUGGAUGAGCUUCUUGAAACAUACAUGGGCAUAAGAGAUACUGAAUUAGCUGCAACAAUUGUGGAAGCUGGAAGAGACAAGAAAAACCCAGAUGAAUUCGCAGUGGCAUUGGAUGAAUCUCUUGGAGACUUUGCAUUUCCAGAUGAGUUUGUAUUUGAUGUAUGGGGAGCGAUAGGUGAUGCUAAGCAAGGACAACUGGAAUGAGAACUGUGCAGUUUAUCAAUCCCUGUUUGAAAUACAAAUUAUUUGCAAAUACAUCAGAAUUUUAAUAAAUUUAUUGAUGUGAAUUCCGGGUGCUCUGCACAAGUAUUCUAACCUGAGACUAUCCUUUGCAAAAGAAGGUUUCUAAUAGAAAUGAAGGUAAACCCAAACUUCUGACAAAUGCAAUUUAAAUCAUGUUAUUUACAUAUAGAAAUCACUGUGAGGAGAGUGUCAAGGUGAUAUAUUUAUACAGAAAUCUUACGAAAAUUAGGUAAUUUUUAUUGUACAUACACUUUGAUACCAAUAUUCUGAAGAGUGUUAGACAUAUUCAACAGUUUGGAUUAUUUUAUCUCUUUAGAGAGGUGUAUAAAGUUAUUGAGAAAGUAUCUAGCUUCAUGCUGCAGUUCCCUGGUUUUCUGCUGUCCCUGUGUAUUAACCUAAAGCUUUAGGUUUUCUUACAGCUUGGCCUGGACCUUGUUUUUACUGUAGGCAAAGCUGGGAAGAAGCUACCUUGUUUCUUUAGAACUCAGAUUCAGGGAAAAAAAAAUCCUCUGAAACAUGAAAACUAAGAUCUUUGGAUGAGAAAGACUUGCUUGCAUUUGAGUCAUAAUAUGCUCUGUCUGGGUUAUUACUGAGGUAAGUAGAGUAGAAAUGCUUAAACCAGGAAGCUGCUGCUUUAUUCAGAUGCCAUAUUAUUGCAAUAGGAACUGCAUAGGAAGAAAUAAAUGUUAAUUUUGAUUAAUAUUAAUGCAUUUGAAUAAUAUCUGUGAUUUGGCACUGGAGACUACAGAGUAUCAAUCACCAAGUGCUUAAUUGAUCUUUAGCAUAUAUUUAGCAUAUGCUAAUUAUUUCUUGAGAGCUCCCCUCUUGUCUCUGGGUUUUUUCAACAUGGCAACACAAGAGAGAUAUUGAAGGUGUUCAAUACCCAAAAGAUAUUAUUGUAAUGUCACAAAGAAUUGUUGUUUGGAUGACAAUGCAUGCCUAGACCCCGAAAAAUAUGUUAAACUAAUCUUAGAUGUUAGGAUUUCCAAUUAUAUUGAACAUAAAUGUUUAUUUUAACUACUAAUUUUUUACUAAUAAAUUUGAGAUUAUUGCAAAUGAAA